AAAGCAACUGCGCAACAGAAGACUAUAGCCUUAAGCCUGCCAGCACCGCUGUGCUUCUUUGGUCAACCAUAAUCACUUCGCGAUUUGCUGAGGUCUGAUGCAGUGAUUCGCACGAGGCGCCUGUGCACUAUUUUUGCAACAUUGCUUUGACCCUAGAACGCAGGCACAUCACAUCGAACCUCUACCUGCUGAGAUCGCGAGACGAGCAUAUCCAAAUACCAACACGAGAACCGACAAUAAUGUCUGAGAAUAGUAACAGGGGAGAUGAAGAGGCUCGCCUCGACAUCCAGGAGGACAACUAUGAGACUGAAGAUCUCGACAAGAUGAAGGCACGCCUUGCUGCCAUCGAAGAGGAGUCAGCGCGUCUAGCUAAAAUGGAAAACGAGCAUGAACAGUCCACCAAUCCUAACUAUAGCGGCCCGCACGGAGGUCGUGAGCGCAGAGAGGACGUCGAUGCUCGCAGCGUCUUUGUAGGAAACGUCGACUAUGGCGCAUCACCUGAAGAAAUACAGGACCACUUCAAAAGUUGUGGUAGCAUCAACCGCGUAACGAUAUUGCUGGACAAGCACACGGGACAUCCAAAAGGGUAUGCAUAUGUGGAGUUUGCAGACCCAAGCCUCGUCAACAACGCCUUGGUUCUAAACGACAGCGAAUUCCGGGGCCGGCAAUUGAAGGUCACCCUUAAGCGCACCAACCUACCAGGUAUGCAUCGAGGACGUGGAAGGGGUGGUCCCAUGAGUGGUUUUGGUGGCCGUGGCGGAUUUCGAGGCGGUCGCGGCGGUCCUUUCGGAGGCAACUACGGCCCUCCACGAGGCAUUGGGGGAGGUUAUCGUGGUGGUGGACGUGGUCGUGGUCGUGGGGACUUCAGACAUACCCCAUAUCAGUGAGAUAUCCCUGGCUAGCCCUUCAAGCAGACCAGCACGUCGGAUAACGGUCUCUUAUUUUUUUUCCUUUCUAUUUAACGGCUUGCUACCUAACGUGUACAAGACGAAAAAGGGUUCGUCGAAUCAAGACUCAAGCUUUCUUGGCAAGCACUGGCUCUAAUGUAUCACUAAUUUGGAAAUAAAAUCCAAUUAUAGCAAGUUUGAAUCAAGUACUUAGCCAAUGUUAUCUUUUUUGGUGCAUAUUACAUUGGUAUUUGAG